UCCCCGUGGGCCAGCCCCUCCAUGGCCGCUCCUCCCCGAUCCGACCCCUCCCUGCUGCAGGAACCGCCCCGGUCCCCGGGGAGCCGCGGCUGCCCCGUCCCUGAAGUGUCCGGGGCCGGCCGGACUCCGCGGGCACGGCGGGAGUUGGCCCUGCCCUGCCACGGGUGGCACCCGUCACCGUCGUUACGGUCCCUGCCACCCGCACCGUUCCAAGGUUCCAGCGCCCUGUGACCUCACUUCGGUCCACUGGCACCGGAGGUGACAGCUCUGCGCUGGCUCUGCCGCUUGCGCUGGUAGCGAUGGCUUUGUUGUGGCUGUUCGUCUUGCUUUUCCUGGCCAAGCCCGUGGGGGGCACCUGGGACACCUGCAGAGGCACCUGCGGGCUCCGGCCCAUGGCCUUCGACCACAGCUCCGUGGUUGCUGAGUAUUCCCAGGACAACGACUACGACUCCUUGGAUUCUUCCGAUGGCACCGCCGAGUACACGGAUAACUCUGCUGGGGUGCACCCGGGGGCCUGGCCUGGUGUCAUCAGCGUCCAGGCCACCUGGGAUAAUGGCACCUGGCACAUGUGCUCGGGGGCACUCAUCCACCCCCAGUGGGUGCUCACGGUGGCUCACUGCUUCGCCAGGGCUGGGGACAUCUCCAGGUGGGAGGUGGUGAUCGGGGCCACCGAUCUGAGCCAGCCGGGCCCCGAGGCCCAGCUGCGCCACAUCCAGACCCUGGUGGUGCACCAGCACUACGACCCCCGCACGGCCCGGAACAACAUCGCCCUGCUGGAGCUGGACCAGCCCGUGGAGUGCAGCGACUACAUCCAGCUGGGCUGCGUGCCCGACCGCUCCCUGGCGGUGUCCGCGCUGAAAACCUGCUACAUCGCGGGCUGGAGGAACACCCCGGACAGCGGUCAGUCCCCCAGCCCACGCCUGGUGCUGCAGGAGGCCAAGGUGCGGCUCAUCGACGUCCAGCUGUGCAACAGCAGCCGCUGGUACGGGGGGGCCGUGCACCCCCAGGACCUGUGCGCGGGGUACCCGCGGGGCGGCAUCGACACCUGCCAGGGGGACAUCGGGGGUCCCCUGGUCUGCAAGGACAACACCGGUGACUACUUCUGGCUGGUGGGCCUGGCCAGCUGGGGCAAGGGCUGUGCCGGGGCCAAGAGGCCCGGGGUGUUCACGUCCAUCCAGCAGUUCCACACCUGGAUCCAGGUGCAGAUGGGGCUGCUCCCGCCAGAAGCUGACGCUGCUCCACCGGAGCCCUUCCCGAGCCCAGAGGAAGAGUCCGAGGGAGACUUGGAGGAUGACAUGAAUCCCAACCCGGAUGACUCGGAGGAUUACUCGAAGGUUUCAUUCCAACAACAGAUCCUGGGGAAAUUCCUGAACCUGCUGCUGGAGCUCCUUCAGUUCCUGAAGGGAGAGAAAGCCUGAGCAGCGG